AUGGUUCGUCCUCGGCGUGCCGCUGCUCAAAAGCCGCAGGGUCACUAUGCCGCCUCCACCUCUCCCACAAAAAGGAGGAAAACGAGUUCAACUGCUUCGUCGGCUCGAAAAAAGGGCAAAAAGAGGGCUGAGGCUCAAUACGAGGAAGACUCGAUGGGAUUGCCAGUCCCUACUCUUGCCCCUCCUCCUGCUCCUGCCACGCAACCUAUCCCCGUUAUUGCGCCUCAACCUUUGGAUCCGACCGCACUCGCAUUGGAUUUGAAUACAUCCUAUGAAGGCCGAAUUCCACAAUCGACACCACGACUGCCAAGCCGGCAGCCAAGAUGGAGACAGCCGGCAACGAAUCCAAUUCUCUUCAAGGAGCAUACGCCAAAAGGUUGGAAUGAUAAAGAACCCGAUCUUCAUCCUGACGACUUGGAUGCUCAGAUUGCAAGGUGCCGUGAGCGGAUUGAUGAUAAUAUCCUGACCCGGGUUUUUGAAUUCAAGCUGCAGGACUUGUUGAAAGAGAAGAGAAGGCGCGAUGAAAUGAUUGCCUUGGCGCCCGCUGGGUUGAGUUGGGCUGUCGUCCAGCGCUUGGAAUCCCUCCAGUCGACUCUGGAAUGGCUCCAGAGUGAGAAUGACAAGUACGAACUUGUUGGAAAUGUGACAAACAUCAUCGCAGCAUACAGAUCGGGCCAAUUGAGAUGGAAUCAAGGUCUUGUUACCUACUGGUCUAGAGGCGCCCAACUCUGCCAGCCGAGGCCAUUCAGGUGGGCUGAGUUUGAUAUCAUCAACGCCGAACAUGCUGGUCACACAGGGUUUUGGGUAGAAGGGGACCAGCUCCAGGACUCCAAAUGGCAGAAUGGAUGCCAACCUCAGAAGAAUGUCUUUGUCUUUAACCUGAUUUGA